AUGUCUCUCGAGGUUGGCUCGUCGCGCGACGGCUUCUGGCCCUCACCCGCUCGCAUCGGCACCCUCUCGGCCGCAACGCUCUGGCCCGCGCUGACUUUCGCGCACCGCGCCGCUGCCCAGCUGCCGCCGAGCGACGAGAUGGGCGGCGACGGCACGGGCGAGGCGGGGGCGGGGAACGGGCGCACCGGCGUGUGGCUCCAGCUCAACGUGCACAAUGCCGGCCUGCACGACAUCCGAUGCCUCGCCGACCCUCCGGCGCGGUGGCGGCUGUGCGUGCAGGCGCCGGGAGGGUGGGCCCACAUGCUGCCGGCGGCGGAGUGGCGCUCGGGCGGACAGGCGUGGCGGCUUCCGCCGCUCGGGAUCGUUUGGCAGCGCACGGGCGCGAAGCCGUGGCUACGCCUCGCGCUGAGCUUCGAGCCCGUGGGAGACCUCUCCGCCGCCGCCGCCGCGCUCAUUGCACCGCCUCGCUUGCUCGAGGUCGCAACGGACCGCAAGACGCUUUCUGGGUCCGAGUGCGGCAAGCCAGCGGUCGCGCAGCGCAGCCCCGCGAACCGGGCGUCUGGGACGGCGAACCAGUUCUUUGCCUACACGCCCUCCCGCGGCGCCGCGCGCUGCACUGUGAGCGCGUCUCACUUGGGCUUGGUCCUCGUCGUCUACCGCUCGUGCGGACGCCUCGGGCCGCAGCAGCCGGUCGGGUUCGGCAACACGGAGCGGCGCCGAACGCUUCGCGUGUCCGUCCCCUGCGAGAGCGGGCAGCCGCUAAUCAUCUACUGGUCGGCGGAGUACGCCCCCGGGAGCUUCUUGUUUGCCGUGAGCGAGGAGCCGGGCAGCAGUGCGCACCGCCACCGGGCAUUGUAG